CCUCCAGCAAAGAGAACAAGGACCAGUAAACGAGAAGAAUCUCCAGCAGUGUCUGUGGCCGAAUCAGCAGCCUCUACACCUGAGCCUGAAGAAGGGAAAUCGAAAAGAAGCUCGCGUGGUGUGCGCAAGUCUGAAGUAACACCUGAGCCUAUGUCCGGAAGACAGCGGUCAGGUAGAAGAACAACUACUGGUAGAGGGACCAGCAGAAGUACGACUCGUACCAAAAGAAAAUAAACAAGACAGCUUGAAAGGACGCUUUGAUGUUCAACAUUUGGGGAUCAUAUUUUAUUUACCGCUCCGUAAUGUAAAAUAGCCUUCUAUUGGUCAUCCUUCCCUACCCCUCCUUUUUUUUUUAAUUGGUCUUAUAAAUGCAGCUUCAGCUCAACAAUUUUUUUAAUCUUUCCCUUUUUCUUCCCUACUCUUUGCCGUUGUCUACAUUUUUCUUGAUUUGAAAAAAAAAACAACAACAACCAACAAUGGCACAGAAGAACAGUUCCGAGGCAGCGCAGACACCACUUGUCCUUGACGAGGCCAUCGCUAAAGGAUGGGAGGUCCCAGAAUUCACAAUCAAGGAAAUCCGUGACGCUAUCCCGGCCCACUGUUUCCGUCGUGAUACCUUCCGUUCAUUCACCUUUGUCCUUCACGAUUUCUUCUUCAUUGGAUUACUGGCAUAUGGUGCAAGCUGGAUCGACACCUUGUCAUCCACUCCUCUUCGUUACCUCCUCUGGUCUGCCUACUGGGUUGCCCAGGGUGUUGUUGGUACUGGUCUUUGGGUCAUUGGCCAUGAGUGUGGCCAUCAAGCCUUCAGUCCCUCAAAGGCUAUUAACGAUGGCGCUGGAAUGGUUCUCCACAGUCUUUUGCUUGUUCCUUACUACUCAUGGAAGUUCUCUCACUCCAAGCACCACAAGGCAACUGGUCAUUUGACCAGAGAUAUGGUCUUUGUCCCCAAGACUCGCUCUGAACGUGGUCUCCCUCCUCGCGAUGAGGACCCCGAACACGAUGGACCCCACACUGCUUUUGACGAGUCUCCUAUUGCCAUGUUGCUCGGCAUCUUCAAGAUGUUGUCGUUCGGAUGGAUUUACUAUCUUUUGGUCGAUGUUACCGGUCAGCCUGGCAAGACCGGCUGGGUUUCCCACUUCAACCCCAACUGCUACAUCUUUGAGAAGGACCAGUAUUCGGAAGUCAUGCAGUCCACUGCAGGCAUUCUUGCUGUCAUCAGCGGUUUGGUGUAUGCCGGCCAGGUCUAUGGCUCCAUGGCUGUGGUCAAGUACUACGUUAUCCCUUACUUCUUUGUCAACGGCUGGCUCGUGCUUAUCACCUACCUCCAGCACACCGACCCUACCCUUCCCCAUUACAGCGCCAAAGCCUGGAACUUCCAGCGCGGUGCUGCCUUGACUAUCGAUCGCUCUUACGGCUUCAUCUUGAACCACUUCCACCACCACAUCUCGGACACCCACGUUGCCCACCACUUUUUCUCUACCAUGCCCCACUACCACGGUGAGGAGGCCACCGAGCACAUCAAGAAGGCUCUUGGAAAGCACUACCACUACGACCCUACUCCUAUUCCUCAGGCAUUGAUCAACUCAUGGUCUCAGUGCAGAUUUGUUGAAGACGAUGGUGAUGUUCGUUUCUUCAAGAACUAAACCAAAGAUAAAAAAAAACAAACAGCAAACAUCAUCAUCUCAAUAUCAUCUCUUCAUUUUUUUUAAAAAAAUCCCUUAAACCCUACCUCCCUUUUUUCGGUGUCACUUUAAAUAGUUGGGCAUAAUCUCUCUUAUACGACCUAGUCAAAGCCAAAGAUUUCAAUAAAGAAAAAAUAAUAUAAUACGUGCAAAACAAA